GCCGGAUUGAAAUGUGGUUUUAGUAUAUCUUUCUGGUUUAAUAAUGGCUUCCUUGUGAUUUUGAUUGACAAGGGAAACUCUGUAGAGAAAAGAAAAAAUCUCGACUUCGCAAAUUGCGAGAGACAUUGAGUCCAAGACCGAGUUAACUCGCCAGAUUCAAUAACCAUGGCUGGGGUUAUGCAGAAGUUCCUUAUUGCAUCAAUGUUUAUGUGGAUUCUUCCUAUUGCAAUAUUAUAUGGAUUCAACAAUGAUUUGCUUCCUGGGUCAACAACGUUGUCUCCACAUUCUCUGACACUACUGAGUGGAUUUCUUGCCGUGGUAUCAGUCAAUGUAGUUAUUGUGUUUUACAUCUGUCUGGCCCUGAAAGAACCUGCGGAUAAACACAAGCCAGACGCUUCGUUUGUUGCAGAGGCUAAAGACAGUGUUAAGAAAUUGACAUCAGGAGUCACAAAUACUGACCCUGCGCUGAAGAAACAAGAGUGAGAGCUUGCCACAUCCCAUUUUUGUUAAACAAGGAACAGUGUCGAGAUUGCAUCAGAAGGAGCAGAGCUCAGGUUCUUGCAAUGUAUUGUUUGGUUGCUAGAUCAUUCUGUGUUGUGAGUUUUGGGUUAGUUGAGCAGAAAAACUUUGACAUGUUCAUGUUGGACAGAGAAGAUAGCUAAUGUUGUAGGACAAAAUUUCACAAAAACCAUAAACAGCUGUGUCCAUAAUUGUUUAAUUUUAAGCAAUUUGAUCUGUUUUUCUCACACUUCUCUUCCGCAUUCUCUUGACAUUUGUUCGUU